AUGACGGAAAAUAGCAUUGCUUCGAUUUUGACCGGGAAACUUAACACCGACUCUAAAAUCACCAAAUCUUUCAGCCGGAAGAGCCAGGCUUCAUCUACAGCAAGCUUCAAACGUGAGUCAAAACGUGAGUCCAAACAGGGCUGGAGAUCCCAUGGAUCGCACUGCUUGACCUAUGCUCUUGAUACCAAAUUGACGGCACCAGUGAAGGUUGCAGCCUUUGAUCUCGAUGAUACACUGAUCACUACCAAGUCGGGGUAUAAGUUUGGACGCGGCUCUUUCGACUGGAAAUUCAAGUUUGACGUGCCCCGAGUAUUCACAAAGUUGCAAGCUGAAGACUACACAAUAGUGAUUUUCUCGAACCAAGCAGCGGUGGUCAACGCCCCUGACUCCAAAAGCUUGAAGAUCCUGACCACGAAAAUUGACGACAUCUUCAAGCAUUUGGAAAAACCGGUCAUUUACUACGCAAGCACAAGAAAGUCAAAAAAAGACAAGUCCCAACACGACUUGGACUUAUACACCCUCUUCCGAAAACCGAACACCGGUAUGUUCAGCCAGUUUCUACAAGACUACCAGCUCACAGAAGAAAUGCUAGACCGAGACAACAGCUUUUUCGUAGGCGACGCCGCUGGACGACCCGGGGAUUUCAGUGACUCCGACCUCAAAUUUGCCGAGAAUUUGAAGCUGCAGUUCUACAGUCCAGAGGAAUAUCUCCCAAGCAUGAAGCACGUAACCAACGAGUAUGGUUGAUGCGAUAAUUUGGGCGUCGAUCUAGGAUCUGCGCUCAGCAGUAAGAAUAUCGAAGAUUCUACCAUCACAGCCCAGAAAACAGAGAUCAGACCAAACAAGGGACCUGGAAAUCCUCAACUCAUCGAUCGAAUACCGAGCGACUGGUAUCAGACUCCAACUUGCAUAGUCGUCAACUCUGUUCUCUCGAGGCCAG